GAGCUCUGUGGAGCCGCUGCCGUGCGCUGCGUUUCCUGCCCUCGCUUCCUUGUCGGUGGGCAGCUAAACCGGAUCGGCAGCUGCCGUUUCGGGGCUGCAGAGACCAGCACCCGCUGCCCCAGCCAAAGAGAGGGGGCAAUAAAAACCCAGCCAUGGAGGAGGAGGAGGAAGAAACACCCCGGGAGAGCCUAAAGAGUUCCCAAGACUUCUGCAUGAGAGCAGUAACAAGCAAAUCAGAUGUUGGCUUCAGGCAAUUCCAUGCAAAAAAAUAUCUACCGGUCCUAGGAAAACCAUCUGUUUAGUAUAACACAAAGUUCCGCACCAAAAGAUAUGGAGGAAGAACAACCUUUGUCUGCUUGCAGCCAAAAUUCUGAGGAAGCAGUAAGAAAACGGCAAAAUUCGAGUCAAGGUUCUCGGAGCAGCGAUUCCUCCAGGACCUCAAGAAAAAGCUUCAGACUGGACUAUAGGUUGGAAGAAGAUGUGACAAAAUCAAAGAGAGGUAAAGAUGGGAGGUUUGUCAACCCCUGGCCAACAUGGAAAGCUCCGUCUUUCCCAAAUAUUUUGAAAUGGGCACUUACAGAACCGGACAAUAGCAAUAUCCCAUCUUCAAAGCAGGAACUUGACAGAGAGCUUCCAGUGUUAAAACCUUACUUUGUCCAAAAUCCCGAAUUAGUUGGAAAAACUGGAGCUGGUAUGCGAGUAACAUGGCUUGGACAUGCAUCAGUAAUGGUGGAAAUGGAGGAGCUGACAUUUCUUACUGACCCCAUCUUCAGCCAGCGGGCUUCUCCAGUCCAGUUUUGUGGUCCUAAACGCUUCCGGCCACCUCCGUGUACAGUAGAUCAGCUCCCCAAAAUAGAUGCUGUGUUGAUCAGCCAUACUCAUUAUGACCAUUUGGACUACAACACUGUAGUACAUUUAAACACUCGCUUUGGCAGUGACCUGAGGUGGUUUGUUCCCCUGGGUCUCUUAGACUGGAUGCAGAAAUGUGGUUGUGAGAAUGUCAUUGAACUGGACUGGUGGGGAGAAAACUGUGUUCCUGGUCAUGAUGCAGUGACAUUUGUUUUCACUCCUGCUCAACAUUGGUCCAAGAGGACUGCCUUGGAUGACAAUAGAGUUCUCUGGGGAAGCUGGUCUGUUUUGGGACCCUGGAACAGAUUCUUUUUUGCUGGAGAUACUGGCUACUGUGUUGCAUUUGAGGAGAUAGGGAAGCGAUACGGACCGUUUGAUCUAGCAGCCAUUCCCAUUGGAGCAUAUGAACCAAGAUGGUUCAUGAAAUACCAACAUGUGGAUCCUGAAGAGGCAGUUAAUAUUCACAUUGAUGUACAAGCGAAGAAAUCUGUGGGAAUUCAUUGGGGCACCUUUGCUUUAGCAAAUGAGUACUACUUGGAUCCUCCAGCUAAAUUGAAAGAAGCUCUUGAGAGAUAUGGAUUGAAGACGGAUGAUUUCUUUGUCUUAAAGCACGGCGAGUCACGAGACAUAAAUAUAAAUGAUGACGGAUUUGAAUAAAACAGAAAUUCUAUUUCUUAUGAACCUUAUUUGAGAAAUCAAUUAAGAUUGAUAAUUUUGUAAAUUUAAAUAUAAUUUUUAAGAUUUCAGGAGUGCUUUUCCAAUCCGACGAUCCUCUUAAAUCUUUGCAGAUAAGCGCUAUAAAAUGUCCAGUUUUUAACCACUACAUGAAAUAACCACACUAGAUGACAUCAGCAUAGCUACAGAUAACCUGUAAAUAAGUAGCUGAUUACAUUGCCUGCGAAGUAAAGAUUUCACAUUUUAAAAUGUUAAUUUGAGGUGGGUGUGGAGGGGGAAUAACAUAUGCAUUGAAACACCAAUACAGGUCACCUGCUGGGAAUUACUUGCUUUAGGCCACUGACCAGAAGACCCAUCCUGCAUGAUGCAUGUGCACUCAUGCUUCUUGGCACUCGGCAUUGAUGAGUGAGUUUCCCUUCCCUAAAUUUAAAAAGUAGCUUCUUAGUUCAGUGCUGGUCUAGUGACUGAGACAGGGUCAGAGCCCUGCUUGCGCAUGCCAGCUUGGUGCAUGCAUUUGUAGAAACUGGUUUUCUGCCAGAGAAAGUGAUUUAUGUAUUUCUGCAUGCCUUUCCCACCACCACCCUGGGCCUGCUAUCAUAACGAACAAGCAUCAGCCUGGAUUGCAUGUAUAGAUGGGUGAAGGCUUCAGUCUAGAAUCCAUGCACACACUGGCCUAUGGUGUGUAUACUGCUGUCCUUUUGAACCCCUUCCUGCCUCCUUUGGGAGCAGAGGACUCUUGAACUGCCCCACUCUCACUAAUCAUCUGAUCAGCAAGAGCAUUGUGGAAGGUAUCUGAAUGCAGUGGUAUUAGAGUACAAAACUUUGUUAAUCAUGAAGGUAUCUAGAUAGCAGCCUUCUGAAAAAUGUAAAAAAGCACUUCCUUGGAAAUGAAUCCCACUGAAAUCAGUUACUAUUUUGGUUACUGUGAUUAGGAUCUGCAAUCCGUCCUGUAAAGCUGACAGUCCAGUCCUGUGCAUGUUUACUCAGACACAAAGCCCUCAGUAAUAACUGUAAAUUCUAUUAGGCAUGCUUAGGCUUCCACAUUUAAUGGUAGCUCAACAAACAAGUGUAAUAGUUUGAUUAGAUUUUUUAAAAUUAGGCUGCAAGCUAAAAAAAUAAAUAAUCUAAUUAAAGAUAACACUGCUCUGAAGUAAGUUCAUCACUUUGUAAGUUGCACUGAAGUAAAUGAAAUAUUUUGAAUACAUUGCAGGCUAAAUGUGAAUAAACUUUGGUCUGUUUAUCUCUCUUGAGCAGAUUAUUCACCGCAGGGUGUGUCCUGUGCCUUUUGAAAUUAUAUGUGUUCUGUUGUGGUUUUUUGAGACAGUCUUCCAACACAGUUGUUGCUGAAGCACAUUUUAAACAAAGUACUGCUUUUACUGAAUGUCUGUAAAUUUUCAUUUGCAAAUGUAAGAGCCAAGUUUUGAAGUGAUCUGAUGAAAUGUGCCUUUUAAAAGUUUUAACUGUGUAGAAAAUGCCUGUUUAUUUUACUGCUGGCCAGAAUAUCUGAAGACACACAUUGUGUUGUCACUGUGAAAUUGCUCCUUAACACAGAAUAUUUCUGUGGUUUGAAAAUCAAAGUUGCAAAUAGAUUACAUAACUGACCCCAUUACUUUGUUGUUCUUUGAAAUCUUUAUUCAGUUUGUUUUUUGCUCCUUUCUCUUGCCAAUUAUAAAAUUCUAAACAAAAUGUUUUAAGAGAAUGAUAUGAAAAGUGUACACAGUUUGCUUAUAAAAAUGAACGCAUGAUAUGAUUAUGAGUUUGUUUGGCACUGUAAAACAUAGCCAAAUCUACCUACAUUGAACUGUUAUACUAAUUUAGAGAAUAAAAAAAUACUUGCUCAGAAGUUAUGUCAUUUUAUUACACAGUAUUUUUGAACAGAUGUAUAUUGUUAGGACACCAGAGCUGAUUAUUGCUUUUCAGAAUCUAUUUCACUUUCAAAUCCAUUAAUAAAUUCUGAAUGUUCCUUUUUA